CUCCCCGUGUCACAGGGCGGUGAUCUGCACGUGACCUCCGUCGUGCAGGAGCACGCCGCCUGCUGUCAGCAGGAGCUGUCCGUCAGCAGGGGCCAGGAGGUGGUCGUGCUCGAGCGCUCGCCCAGCAACCCGGACUGGUGUCUCGUGCGCGCCUCCGAUUCCUCGGGCAGUCUCAGUGAGGGCCUCGUGCCCAUGUCCAGCCUGCGCGUGACCCAGUCACUCAAGGGCAGCGCGUCAUGGAAUAGCAUGGAAGCGGCCGAGAUAGAAUCGUCGGGGAACUCGAAUGAAGCCAGUCCGAGCACAUCGACUUACUCUCUGUCCAACAACAUCUCUCCUUCGAACAAACGAAGAAGCACAUUUAGGAAAUGGCUCACAAAUCCCGUGAGAAAACUCAGUCAGGGCCGAAUCGACAAGUCGGUAUUGCAGGACGCAUCUAAAGGAUCUCAGAACAAAAAGGGCGCUUUCCAACAGAAAUUCAAGAGCCUAGUUUUGUCAUCAACGGAAGAAUCAAAGCGAGUGUCACCUCCCCUAGCUCAGCAGGAGGAUCUGGCAGAAGAUGAGCAGUCUUCCUUUGCACAAUCGUCCAAUCGCCUUUCGACAGACCUCAGUGGGGAGGAGGAGGAGACAGUCGACGUGGAGCUGCCGCCUCCCAUGGAGCAGAUCGCGCAUUUCGGAGGCUCACAGGAGAACGAGGCGGCAAACAAAAUUCCUUCGAACCAGUCCAGUGUGUCGGUGAGAAGCAAUCCCGAGGUCACUAUAAGAAUCACACCUUCAGAUCUUGCUACGGAAAUCGAACAGAUCGUCAAGCAGCAGAUGGAGCAGGAGUCAGAGGAGCAGCAGCUGGAAUCGGAGGACCAGCAGAGCACAUCGGACGUGACGAUCGAGGAAGACGACGUGCAGAAGCAGCGAGACCUGGCGCUCAUGAAGCGAUCCUAUGUGCUGCGAGAGCUCAUCGAGACCGAGCGGGAUUAUGUCAAGGAUCUGCAGUCCAUUGUAGAGGGAUUCAUGGCCGUCAUGCGAGAAAGCACAGAGUUGCCCGAAGGACUAGAUGAUGGGAAAGACAAGAUUGUGUUCGGGAACAUACACCAGAUAUAUGACUGGCAUAGAGAGACCUUUCUCAAAGAGUUGGAGAAGUGUGUUGAUGACCCAGAUAGGCUAGGACCAACAUUCCUCAGAUAUGAGAGAAGGUUACACAUGUACGUGGUCUACUGUCAGAACAAACCAAAGAGUGAAUACAUUGUACAGGACUAUGUCAAUUACUUCGAGGAGCUCCGUGUGAAACUGGGCCACAAGCUGUCAAUGUCUGAUCUUCUCAUUAAACCUGUACAGCGAAUUAUGAAGUAUCAGCUCUUACUAAAGGAUUUCCUCAAGUAUUCGGAGAAGGCAGGCCUGGAGACGACGAUGAUGAGAAAGGCAUACGAUGUGAUGUGUGUCGUUACCUAA